AAUAAAGUGACAUUUUCGAAACAAAAUAUUCAUCACAUUGUGAUAACAUUGCUUCUUCACUUAUCCCUAGACAUAAACAGCUAGUGACUUUAUUAUAUUUUUUUUUGAGAAAUUGGCAACACUUUCCAACAGACAAUGGAAAUUUGCAUAGAUUCUUUAGAAUCAGCGAAAAAUGCAAUCGAGGGUGGUGCAACGAGGCUCGAGAUUUGUUCUGCCCUUUCCGAGGGUGGUUUAACACCUACUCCUAGCUUUUUACAAAAAAUUAAGAGUUUUUCAUCCAUUCCAAUUUAUGCUAUGCUUCGAAUACGUUCCGGAAAUUUUGUAUAUACGAAAGAAGAAAUGGAAGUCAUGUUACAGGAUUUAAAAAUAUUAAAAGAUUACGGUGCCGAUGGUUUCGUCUUUGGCGCAUUAACACCAGAUAAUGAAAUCGACGUGGAAUCUUGCAAGGACAUUCUUUCCGCUGCUGAAUCAUUACCAGUAACGUUCCAUCGAGCAUUCGACGAAGUCAACGAUCCCUUAAAAUCUUUGAAAAUAUUAAUAGAUUUAAAAUUCGAGAGAAUUCUAACUUCUGGACAAAAGGAUACCGCAUUAGAAGGAUUAGAAUUGAUAAAAAAGCUCGUUCAAGAAGCUCGAAACAAAAUAAUCGUGAUGCCAGGUUCUGGUAUUACUAAAGAAAAUAUCUUGGAAAUAAAGAUGAUAUCUGGUGCGAAAGAAUUUCAUGCAUCGGCUAAGAAAAAGGUGAUAAUUCCGCAUGGUGUAAAUAAAGUUAAAAUUGGUACUAAUAAAGAAACUUACACUACAAUGACUGACAAAGAAUUAGUGCGAGAAAUGGUUCGAAUUUUAUUGAAUGCUAUAUAGUGUUUACGGUAAACUAUGCAUUUUUAAAUCGAAAAAUAUUUUGCUUGAAAAACCUGUUUCUUUAUAUAACUGGUUUCCCGAUAAAAAA